AUGUCCCUUCCUAUUCCGCUGGAGCUGCUCUCCACCGGCCUGCGACUAUGGGCGGAGCUGUACCAGCACCGGAAGAAGUUGGCAGUGGAUGAUUUCUUGAUGAUUUGGGCCACGAUGGUUGGCAUUGGGGCCUGUGUGAGUGGGCUUAUUGCAACCAGUCAAGGCUUUGGCAAGCACAUGGCCGCAUUGGGGCCCACGCAAUACGCCGUGGAAAGUGUGGUAUGCCCUGCCGUCUGGUUGCAUGAUCGCAACGCUCUUCUAACAGCCCCAGACGUACUACGCCUUCAUAUGGAUCUUCGAUGCCGGGAUCUCCUGUACCAAGCUGCCGGUCAUCGCCCUCUACUACCGCGCCUUCCCGUCCACGACCAUGCAGCGCAUCGCCAUUGCAACCGGGGUGGUUAUCGUGAUCUGGGGCAUAGCCGUCGGCGGCACCUGGGCAUUCGCCUGUCCUCCCUCUCAAAGCCACCCGGGCGCAUGCCGGAAGGAUAUUCUUCGCGUCUCGGUGCUCUUUGUUGGCGCCACGAAUCUGGCCCUGGACGUAUGGAUCUUGCUCCUCCCAUUGCCGUUGAUCGUUCGGAUGCGGAUCCCCACGUGGAAGAGGGUCAAGUUAAGCUGUCUGUUUACCGUUUGUUUAGGGUCUGUAUACUUCGUAUCCUGUCCCGCAAUGCCGUGCUAAAACGGGCCUCCAGUACCUGUGGCAUUAGUGCAACCCGUCUUGCUCUCGUCGCGCAUACUAGCCAUCCUGAUUUUACCUACACACAAGCGCCUGCCGCAAUGCUGAUGUGCUGGGAGCUCCUCGGCGGAAUCCUCUGCGCUAAUCUUCCCAUCAUCUAUAAACCCAUCGCCGUCUGGGUCCGUCGCCUGUUCGGGAUCGCCAGUGAAGAGGACGAGUCGCCUACUGCAUCGACGCUGCGGAGGUAUGUCAUGCAGAAGGCUCGAAGGUUCAGGCACUCAACGGUUGAGCUUUUCACUGCAAGUUCGGCCACUCGCACAGCAGACGAAGGGCCGAUGGAUGGACCGGGUGGCGUGGUGGAAAGAACCAGGGUGCAGGUUGCUUCAACAGAAGAGUGA